GCAGGCGCGCGCGGCUGCGCAGGGAAGGAGAGCGGGGUCCUCGCGGCCUUAAAUAGGCGGGCGGGCUGCUCCGCCCCUUCCUUUUCACCAUCGGUUCGUGGAAGCUGUGAGCAACCCCCCGGGCGGGAGAGUCACCACCAACCAUGGCCGAGGAAGGCAUUGCUGCUGGAGGUGUAAUGGAUGUCAACACCGCCCUUCAAGAAGUGCUGAAGACCGCACUUAUCCACGAUGGCUUAGCCCGUGGAAUUCGUGAAGCUGCCAAGGCCUUAGACAAACGCCAAGCCCACCUUUGUGUCCUCGCAUCCAAUUGUGACGAGCCCAUGUAUGUCAAACUGGUUGAAGCACUUUGUGCUGAACAUCAAAUCAACCUGAUAAAGGUUGAUGACAACAAGAAACUGGGUGAAUGGGUAGGUCUCUGCAAGAUCGACAGAGAAGGAAAACCCCGUAAAGUUGUGGGCUGCAGUUGUGUCGUUGUCAAAGACUAUGGCAAGGAAUCUCAGGCCAAAGAUGUCAUCGAAGAGUACUUCAAGUGCAAGAAAUGAACCAAUAAAAUAUAUUUGCGCCUGACA